AUGCCUCCAAGUUCUCCGCACUCUGGUAUGGCGCGCACGGCUGUUGUUUUUGCCCGGCUCAUAGUAGCUGGUAAAGACCAAGGCGUACGUCCAUUUAUCGUGCCUCUAAACGAUGCGUCGGGUGCGAUGUGUCGCGGCGUUACAUGUACCCUAUUUCCAGCUCGUCCAGGAGCCAAGGCCAUCGAUCAUGCCUUGACGAGCUUUCGCCACGUACCUCUACCGGCCGAAGCCCUGCUCGGACAUCUUCACGGCUCAUCCAAGGACGAGCGAAAAGACUUUAUGCGUGCUAUCCACCGCGUGACCGUCGGUACGCUUUGCAUAUCUACAAGCAAUGCCAUCGUCCUGCGCGUGUCGGGCUGCAUUGCCGGUAGGUACAGCGCCAAACGGCGGGUCGGUGCGCCGGAGUCGGUCCCUAUCCUUUCCUUCAGCACCCAGUACGGCCCAAUCGCACGGAUUCUUGCGCAUGCCACCGUCUUUGACAAGUAUGCAAUCGAGGCCAUGCAGUUGUUCAUCGAAAACGGCGGAAAGCCGGAUAUGCAGAACGUAAUCGCCGGCGCUUUCAAGGCUACCGUCUGCGACUAUACGCAGAAGGCGCUGAGCGAACUCGUUGAUCGAUGUGGCUGGCAAGGUCUUUACACUCACAAUCAAAUUAGCGAAGUAUGGCUCGCCGAAAAGGGCAACAGCAUCGCCGAAGGCGACUUUGUGGUCCUCUGCAUCCGACUCGCGAGUGAAAUCUUACUCGGGCGGUAUGCGCCGCCGAAACCGCGUGACCCGCAUUGUCUUCUGGCGCGUCACGAGUCCGGACUUUGGGACGAGGCCCGCCAGAUAUGGGCGUCUCUUCGCGGUGGACACCGCGGCAAAGAAUUCAAUGCCCGCAUUCUACCGCUGUCUCUGCCGUUGGUCCGGGCUACGGGCAAACGCAUGGCCUACGAGGCUGCCAAGGAUGCUAUGGUACACGGAAAUGAUCAUGGUCUCAGUAUGACGCCGCAAGCGUUGGCCUUGUAUGAGUCGACGUGUAUGAUGGAAGACCAGAGCUGGUAUGUCGAAAACGGUAUUAUGUCCCGGCGGGCGCUGCUGAAUCGCGAUGUCGAUGCUAUGAAUGCCAUGUUGCCGUUGUUGGAAGGCAUGAUCAACGACCCGGCAGUCGACGCCUUCGUCAAUGCGCCCAUGGUUGACCAAGAUAGGCUGGCUGCCUUUUUCUCUAGCUUGCCAUCAUUUGAGGGGCCAGAAACCGAGUGCUUUCAAGCCAAAGCCAAAAUAUAA